UUGAGCUGAACACAGAGCAGAGAGCCAAACUGAGCAGGCGCGGCGCACGAGCGUCUCAAGAAGUCAUCUUGACCGUCUGUGCGCCAGACCGAAUUGGGGAACAGGACAGAUUCUCAGCUCUGAGAAUCCCGCUUUACCGCGGGAAGAGAUGACCCUGUCUUCGGAACUGACAUAACGGUUAAAGGGUGACUCAGUGAACAUGGCCCCAAAUUCCAUCCACUGGUUCCGGAAGGGCCUCCGUCUCCAUGACAACCCUGCACUUCAGGAGGCAGUACGUGGGGCAGACACUGUUCGAUGUGUCUACUUCCUGGAUCCCUGGUUCGCUGGGUCGUCCAACCUUGGGGUCAACAGGUGGAGAUUUCUCCUGCAGUGCCUGGAUGAUCUUGAUUCCAAUCUAAGAAAACUCAAUUCCCGCCUUUUUGUCAUCCGAGGUCAACCAGCCAAUGUUUUUCCACGCCUUUUCAAGGAAUGGAAAAUAUCCAGGUUGACCUUCGAGUAUGAUUCAGAACCGUUUGGAAAGGAGAGGGAUGCAGCUAUUAAAAAGCUUGCGAUGGAGGCUGGUGUUGAAGUCAUUGUCAAGAUUUCACACACCCUUUACAACCUUGAUAAGAUCAUUGAACUAAAUGGUGGUCAGCCUCCCCUCACUUACAAACGUUUCCAGACACUGAUCAGCCGAAUGGACCCGCCAGAGAUGCCAGUGGAAACCCUCUCCAGCAGUAUUAUGGGCUCCUGUGUCACACCUGUCUCUGAAGACCAUGGGGACAAAUAUGGUGUGCCAUCGCUGGAAGAACUAGGAUUUGACAUUGAGGGACUAUCAUCUGCUGUCUGGCCAGGAGGUGAAACAGAGGCAUUAACAAGGAUUGAAAGGCAUCUGGAGCGAAAGGCUUGGGUUGCAAAUUUUGAAAGACCCAGAAUGAAUGCCAAUUCUUUGCUAGCCAGUCCGACUGGCCUGAGUCCCUACCUCCGUUUUGGCUGCCUCUCCUGCCGUCUCUUCUAUUUCAAACUCACAGACCUCUACAGGAAGGUAAAGAAAACCAGCACUCCUCCACUCUCCCUCUAUGGUCAGCUGCUGUGGAGGGAAUUUUUUUACACUGCUGCCACCAACAACCCACGAUUUGAUAAGAUGGAAGGCAACCCGAUCUGUGUGCGCAUCCCCUGGGACAAGAACCCAGAGGCUUUAGCCAAAUGGGCUGAAGCUAAGACAGGUUUUCCAUGGAUUGAUGCCAUUAUGACCCAGCUGAGGCAGGAGGGCUGGAUCCACCACCUGGCCCGUCAUGCUGUCGCUUGUUUUCUCACUCGUGGAGACCUGUGGAUCAGUUGGGAAGAGGGCAUGAAGGUGUUCGAGGAGCUCCUGUUGGAUGCUGACUGGAGUGUAAAUGCAGGCAGCUGGAUGUGGCUCUCCUGUAGCUCUUUCUUUCAACAGUUCUUUCAUUGCUACUGUCCAGUGGGUUUCGGCAGGCGCACCGACCCUAACGGCGAUUUCAUUAGACGAUAUUUACCUAUUCUCCGAGGUUUCCCUGCCAAAUAUAUCUACGACCCAUGGAACGCCCCAGACUCUGUGCAGGCUGCUGCCAAGUGCAUCAUCGGCGUCCACUACCCCAAACCCAUGGUGAACCACGCUGAAGCGAGCCGCCUUAACAUCGAGAGGAUGAAGCAGAUCUACCAACAACUUUCACGCUACAGAGGACUCGGACUUCUGGCCUCUGUACCAUCCACACAUAACGGGAAUGGGAUGGCGUACUCGCCAGGGGAACAGCAGUCAGGGACCAAAACACCAGCAACAGCUGUAUCAGGUGGUUCCAGUGGAAAAAGGAGUGGAAGUAUUCUGCUGAAAUUUGACAGUGAAGAGCAGCAGGGACCAAGUGGAAUUCAGCAGCAACAGCAAUCAGGAUACCAUCACAUGACCGACAACGGGCACAGUAGUCGAAUUUACAAAUGUAAUGUCACACACGACAUGAAAGGCCCACAGCAUUCAGCAGGACAUCUGCUGCACUCAGGAGGAAGUGUGACUGGUAAGAGGGAGCGAGAGUCGGAACGAGAUCUUGACGGUGAAGAUGACACCCUCCCCACCUCUCACAAGUUACAGCGGCAAAUUGUCACUUCGGUUCACAGCGGGAAGCAGUCAAGUAUGAAGAGUUAGAUGGACAUAUCAUCGUACCGAGCAGAACCGAUUCAAAACAAGGCACAGUCUGAAAUGGAGUGACUUGAAAUCUGGUUUUCUUUAAACAACUCAUGUUUUGGGAUUUUUUUUCUUUUCUUUUUUCCCUUCUUUUCCUCAUAUCUUUUUCCCUUUUCUUAUUUUCAAUUGAUAUUAAUAUUUUGAUCAUUUAAUGAAAUUCAGUUGCUUUAAAAAUAAGUCACUGAUUUUACAUCUAUUGACAGACAAAACAAGCAUAAGAAGAUUUUUCCUUGUUUCCUUGGCAAACCCCUUUCUCUUUUGCCCAUCUUUGCACAGGUUAGGGUUUUAUUUACUGUUGAGUGAACCAUACUGUACCAAGGUGGAUAUGUUUAUCAGCUUUUAACAAGCAUGAUAAAGCUGAGCUUCAUUGAACUCUUAUUGCAGCUAGGAUUUUGAGUAUUUUUACAGUUUGGUUGGCACCAGUACCAGCCGAUUUCAAUUUCACUUAUUAUCAGUAGAGUGGUGUACGUGCGACUUUUUGUAAACAGAAAAGUUUCUACAGGUAUAUUUUAUAUAUUGGUGUUUCUUUCUUUGCCAGUUCAAUGUAUUAGUGUUUACUCAGAAAUUCCAUAUAUAAAUAAAUAUUAAAUACCAGCAGAGCUGACAUUUUAAAAUAGGGUUUAAAGAUUUCUAGAUUUUAAAUUCAUUUACAUAAAAUGAUAUUGCUUAACUGGUUUUAAAUUCAUGUUUUUAACCUUGAACCCAUCUGUAAAUUUUAUCAGGGACAGAGCUGCGUUGGAAUGCAGUUCUUGAAUGUUUUUAAAUGGUCUACAAUGGCCCAUUAAAUGCACCUGUAGAUUAGAGACAGUAUCUUCUUCUUUGUCAUGCUUGGCCGAUACACACAGACAGCUGAUCUUCAUGGUCAGGCCUUAAACACUGAUACAAAACGCCAGCCUAAACUCUGCCAAAGCCAGGAAAUGACACUGGAAAAGAACAUUUUCCUAGCUCAACAUUGAUCACUACAGUACAUUUUUGAAAAAAAAAAGCUUUACGGAUCUUUAGGAAAGAAAUGUAUGGAAAAUUAAGACACCCUGUUGUAUCUCUGACUCUUAAAACCUCUUAGCAGAUUAUACAUGUAAUUUUUUUGUUUGUUUGGUUGUUUUUUGUUCUUAAUUUCUGUUUACCAUGUAUGUGUGUGCACUACUGUGUGUGCAACUGGAUGGGUUAACCAAUAAUUAGGAUUCUUCUAUUUAAAUAUAGGGGAUAUUUAACCUCUGUAUUUGGCCACAAAUGCUUUAUACCAAAUGCCCCCACAGACCAAACAUAAUUUAAUUUAGCUGUUGGUUUUCUACCAUAUUGCCAAGCAAAGUACAAAUGUAGGCCUAAUUAAAUUAAAUUAUCAAUUUGGGAAUAUAUAUGCUAUCUGAAAAAAGCUCAUUCUUGAAUUUUUUUUUACAUUUUUUUUUUUUAUU